GUCAUGUUGUUGGUAGUUUGCAGUUGCAGUGCGCUGCAUCCCAGCGUAGGUGUGGUCAAUACGCUGUAAUUCCCAGCAAAACUUACAACCACUAUUUAGAAUUUUAUUAAAGUGGUGUUUCGAAAGUAAUUUUUAAAUUGUACCAUCUCGCUAUUCACGAGUUUUAUUCAUCAGUAGUGAUUUAUAUCCGUGGAUUGUGAAUCAAACAUACUGUCAAGGAGCGGCCCUGAACAAACAGAUAAUCAUGCCUGAAGCAGCUAAUUUAGAGGAUCCAAAUGUAAAGGAGAAUGUGAAAACUAAAGAUGAGAAAAAAUUGAAAAAAUCAGCUACAUCGAAUGGACUUGGUUCAUUUACAAGGGGAAAGCUUGUCUUGGCUCGAGUUAAUAUGCUGGAUGGAACAGUAACCGACCUGAGUAUUGAGAAAGGUGCAAAGGGACAGGAACUUCUUGACCGGGUAUGUGAGCAAGUUGAUUUGGUAGAAAAAGAUUAUUAUGGCUUGGUGUACCUUGAUCAAGACAAUAACAGAAACUGGCUUGCAGCUGAUAAAAAAAUCAACAAGCAGCUAAAAAGCCACCCAUGGGAAUUCAAUUUUGAAGUUAAAUUUUAUCCUCCUGAUCCUUCCCAACUUCAAGAAGAUAUCACUCGUUACCAGUUAUGUCUUCAAGUUAGAAAUGAUAUUUUGUCUGGGAAAUUACCAUGUUCAUUUGUCACACAUGCCUUGUUGGGAUCUUAUCUGGUGCAAUCAGAGUUAGGGGACUAUGAUCAAACUGAGCAUGGCACUGGUUCGGAAUACGUUCGUGAAUUACGUCUAGCUCCCAAUCAGACACCCGAGCUUGAGGAGAAGGUCAGCGAGCUUCAUCGAACCCACAAGGGGCAGACACCUGAAGAAGCUGAACUACAUUACUUAGAAAAUGCCAAGAAAUUGGCUAUGUACGGAGUAGAUCUACAUCAAGCACGAGAUUCUGAAGGAGUUGAUAUUCUUUUGGGUGUUUGUGCCUCUGGAUUACUUGUCUACAAAGACAGGCUUCGCAUCAAUCGAUUUGCUUGGCCUAAAAUUCUGAAAAUAUCUUACCGUCGAAAUGGAUUCUAUAUUAAGAUUCGCCCUGGCGAAUUUGAACAGUAUGAAUCGACCAUUGGUUUUAAAUUAGCAAAUCAUCGUGCAGCUAAAAGGCUAUGGAAAGUCUGCGUAGAGCAUCAUACCUUUUUCAGACUAAUGACUCCUGAACCUCCACAAAAAAUUGGACUCUUUCCUCGUUUGGGGUCCAAGUUCCGUUACUCUGGUAGGACUCAAUAUCAAACGCGACAAGCUUCAGCGUUGAUUGAUCGCCCUGCACCACAGUUUGAACGUACUCUGAGUAGACGUCAAUCCGGUUCUAGAAGUGUUGAUGCUGGAUUGGGGAACAGCAAUGUGAUUGAUCGUCCUCAGCGAGAAGUUAAAAGAACAACAAUGGCUUCAGCACCACCCCCGCCCACCACAAAACCCCUAAUGGCUGAAGGACCAGCUGAAGGUGAAUGGGAGGAGGAUGCCGGUAUGGGUGCGGCUGCAGCUGAACGUCGAAGGGAGAAAGCUUUGGAACGCGAAAAGGCCAAGCAAUUGGAGGAAACAGCGACACACCAAAAGUCAUUUAGUUCUGGAUAUGCUGAAUCCACGAGUAUCCCAUCUACCAGCAUUCACCAGUUGAUGGAACAGGAACAGUUGACUCAACGUCAUCCAAUUUCUUCCUCUGACGCACCGUUUAAUAACGUGAUAGGCAGCAACCUCACUCCAUACGAGUAUCCUAACCAAUCAAUGGAUGUUUUAUAUUCGCCUGUUAAUGCAAAUUCACUGGAUAUUUCUCAAGCGUUUUUGCAAGGAAAUAAUCGGCUUCUGGUUGGCCCCCAAAAAGCAUUCGAGACAUCGAACACACCAGCUGCCCACGCUUUUACCCAUGAGACACAUACCGAUGAAACCUCCGCUGACUAUUCAAGCAUUGCGAAAUUCAACUCUGCAAGUAGUCCAGAGCCAAAUCGCCUUGUGGAUGAACUAGUCGUUUUCUCUGAAACGCACCCAUUUGAAGAGAUGAAUCGAAAAACGGAAUCAAUUCAGGUUGAACGCCAGCGAUCGGUUGUUGAGCCGAUUUAUUUUUCCACAAAAUAUAGAAGCGAAACCAGCCAACAAUUAAGUGACUCCAGACGCUCUUUUGCUGCUGGAAUUCUUGGUGAGAACCAUGCAACAACGAAUCCUCCUUUUAUACCAGUUCAAACAAGACCCGUGAGUCAAAUCCCUGUUCCUUCGAAAUAUUUUUACUCAACGCCGUCAUACACUUUACUCAAAGAAAAUUCAAGUUUUAAAAACGUACAGAACCUCCCGACAUCUUCGGGUCUGACUAGCUCAAAUGAAGAGAAACCUGUCGGUGGUGUAGCAGUGAUGCCUCUCGGUGCAGACCUGUUGUCGAAGUUUCGCAAAGAUAAAACAAAAGAAGGAGUUGCACAACGACCAGUUGCAGAUCAGCCAGAAGUGUUGGUCAAAACCACCAGUCGCAGGAUCGGCAGUGAUGAAGAAACGAGUCCUUCUGCUUUAAAAAGCGGGACGACGGCUACUACAUCUCCUGGUUUCACUCGCUCCUACACAUAUGAUUCCCCAGAAGAAUCUGAUAUGAAACGCCGUUUCGAACCACAAAACCUUGGAUUUCGAUACGAUGGCCAACCCGUAAGCGGGACACAACAACCUAAUAGCCCUACAGGAAGUAGCAGUUCGGGAAAGAAAAAUGUUGGAUUAGCUUUCAGCUACGUUGCCGGCGAACAAGGAAAAGUGGCUGAUGCCAGCCGGGUAUUGAAAAAUACAUCUCCGAGAGCCGUCAAUAUCCCAAGUUCUUUAGAGAAAAAGGAGAGGGAAAUAACAACGAGUAACAUCGAUUAUGUUGAAUCGGCGUACUUGAAAGACAAGGAUGCUAGUUGGGGAUCUUAUGGGGAAGAAGCAAUUCGCGUGGGCCAAGCUGGCCUACAGAAGGGAAAGCCAACCAUUGCAGGUGCUGAUUCAGAUAGUGAAGACGAUCUUUCUAGUUUAGAAGAAUCGGUUGAAGAACAUAAGCAGCCACAAACAGAAGAAAUUAUGAAUGCGGAAUUAGUUGCGAGAGAAAUAAGCCAAAAACAAACGUUCGCCGUUAUGGCUAACACAUCAUUGUCUGGUAGCCAAGCACCUAAAAUCGUUAAAACCACCACUAAACAAACUAUUGUCCAAAAUGCUGAUGGAUUGCGUCAUAACAAAGAAGAAAAGGUCGAGGAUUUGACUCCAGGCGGUUCGGGAGCGGUCACAGUUGUAUCUUCAGUUAAUAAAGCUGAUUUACCUGACGAGCUCAGUACCGGAAACACACACAACGUUCCACAUGUCAAAGCAACUCAGGUUACGACACGGACAGCAUUGACCAAAGAAGACAAAGAGACCAAUUCGACCACUUCUCAAAUAGAAGAAAAGACCUUUACUGCUACUACAAUGACAACAGGCCAUCGACAAGAGCAGCGCGUCGUCACACAAGAAGUAAGGACGGCCACCAUUCUCACCAGCGCUGAGCCAACUCAGAUAACAGCACGUCGUAUGAGUAUUCAUAGCACAAGCUCGGAAGAUUCUGGCACGGCAGUUGAUGUUGAUCAGGAACCUCCGAUUGUGAAAACCGAAACAGUGAAAUACGAUUCUUCCUCCUUCUCCCCAGCGGCUGCUACAAAGACAACCUCGUCUUACCCUUUCGUGCCAACAGAAACUCGCACUGUGGGUAGUGCUGGCGAAAUUAGCCACGACGAUGAACAUAUCAAAGGUUCAGCGGUUGUCACAAAUUUAAUUGAAGAGCAUGGAGAGAUUGUAACCACACAAAACAUAACUUCGAAAACCCGUACUGUAGAAACAGUCACAUACAAAAAAGAACACGACGGUUUGGUAGAAACUCGUGUGGAACAAAAGAUUACUAUUCAAAGUGACGGAGAUCCGAUUGAUCAUGACCGAGCACUGGCAGAAGCUAUUCAGGAGGCAACUGCUAUGAAUCCUGAUAUGACAGUUGAGAAGAUCGAAAUUCAACAGCAAGCUCUAACGCAGUAGAUCUUGAUAUAGCGCACACUGUUGUGCUAGUUCUUUUCAAUCAACGUAUCGAAUAGACUUUUUUUAAACUAUUAUUUCAUGGAGAAUUAAUCACAUCAUACCUACCAAAAAGGCUUGAGUUUCGCGUCACUUUUAAAUAUUUUGUGGCUAUAGCUGUGCUCAUGUGAACCCCUUCAAAAGAAAAGUAAAAUUGGUUGUUUCAUGACGAAAGGAUUGAAGAAAUCUGAUAAUCCUAAUAUAUCUAUUAAUAAGUAAUUGCUUUCGACAAGAUUCAAACCAACUAAGUUUAUUUGUAACGUCGAAACAAUCUUACGCGGCUUCAAAGAUAAUUGUCGAUGUCGUAACUUUCAAUAAAAUUUAUAGAAUUUGUUUUAUA